AAAGCGACAUCGCCCUAAUAUGUUUAAGAUCAGUCGAAUAGAUAUUAAGUCGCAUCCCCCAUUAAACUUCUCAUCAGCAAGCUGUUGCACGGCGCCAUGAACGUCGAGAUUGAAAAUGGUAGUUUACACGAACCUCCAGAUUUGCUCGCUACACGCUUCGAAAUACUAGACAAGAGUGAGGCAUUUGAAGACGUUGACGGCGAGUUCAAGUUCACCAAAACCCUCGUUGUCUACGGGGACGGCAAAAAUAUCUACCAUGCAGUCAGCAAGGCUCGUAGCUCCGAAUUAUCGAAUCUCAGCAUAAACCAGCUCACCACCAAGGUUUUGAUACCCGCCACCGCUUACAGUCCUCUCUUCGUACCAACCUUCACACGAGCGCCCGACCUGCUGCCAUCGAACACAUAUGUCAAGAAGCCAAGCCUCCUUUCUUACGAUCGCAUUCAUCAAGGUCUUCUAAAGAACAACAUCGCGGACAAUGUCCUUGCCGAGGUUCAAGUCUGCGAACUCCUGAAGCAAAAUUCACAUCCCAACAUCGCGAGAUACCUGGGUUGCCAAGUCUUGGACGGCAGAAUUGUCGGUAUCUGCUUCGCAAAAUACGAAAAGACGCUGAUGGAAGCGGUCAAUCCACAUGGCUUCAUGAAAAGGAAGUUCAGUACAACUCGCCAAGGUGUCGGUAACCACGGUCGACAACUGGAUGGCAUUGAAGACGGCAUAAAGCAUCUCCAUUCACUCGAACUUGUCCAUAACGACCUGAACCCCAGCAAUAUCAUGAUUGACGGAAGUACAUGGGUUAUCAUCGAUUUUGGGUCGUGUCGCUGCAAGGGGGAAAGCUUGGAUGGCGUUGGUCGUACUUACGAAUGGUUUGACGAAGCGGUGCACAGCUCUCUGCCCCAAAAUGACCUGGAUGCGCUGCGUGAGAUCCGAAAUUGGCUGGAAGGGGCCCCCCCCGAUGCAUUCCAAUUCAAAGAGUAGCAUUGGAUAAGAUACUAAACAGUGACGACUCUGUCAUAAUUGGUCUCGAAAAUACAACAGUAAUCCAACUUCUCAACCGCUUGUUUGCCUCCAAAUUUGUCUCGCCACCAGCUUCACUAAUCCAACCCCCACCCCAAAGAUCUAGGCUCUGUGACUACCGU